CAGGCUGUGGCAGUAAUGAGAGGAGAGUGUCUGUCGUGUGGAGAGCGAGAUGUAAUGGGCCAUUUUAACCUCGGAUUUCGUAUGGUGCCACGUGGAGGGAGCCGCCAUGUUGGUUCAGAUCUUUGGGCGGUUGAACUCCGUGGUCGGCUGGAUCUCGGCAGUCUGCGCGGUGAGCACGAUGGCGUUCGACCAUAACGACGCUUCGAACGAUGUGAUUCAAACCGGGAAUUCCUGUGACGUCAUUGGUAUUCGAAUACGUGACCCCGAACCUUCGACGAUCAGGGUCACGUUUGAGCUUGACCUCCGUGACCCGGAAAGGUGCAAGAAAGGCUCUUGGAACAUCUUAUCGGCUGGCGGUGGGCGGAGCUUCAGUUUCCGGGCAGAGGGCAGGCAGGGAAGUGUAUGCAUCCCGACGAAGGGGAAAUUCCAGCUCAAAGUCGGUUCAGUCACUUCGGACGCGUUCGAAGUGCCGAGUCCUACAGUCAGCUAUUCGCACGCCUUUCUGUCUUUCAGCACGAAAACCCUCGCCCUGAACCUCAACACCUGGGGAGACAACCGCGCCGGGGGUUGGAGGCUCACGGUCCUCAAGUGCAAGGCCCACGGAUCGACGCUGAAGGGGCGUGUCGAGUCGAGGUACGCCGAGGAAGAGUGCGCCGUCGUGCCUGGCGUAGGCUGUGAGAACUGCUCGACGCAAAUUCGAGUCGACGCCGACUUCGACUUGGAUGCCUGCUAUGUCUUCCAUCUGGACCCAAUAGAUAAGGCCAAUGCAUGCCGGUUGCAUAAGGACAACGAAUACUUCACUCACCCAGACGGCUGCUACCCCUCGGCCCUAGCGACGCCACAGCCGCCAGAGGUGAGACUGACAGCCCUGUGGUUCGUGAUCCUUGACGUCGGAGUGAUGUUGGCAGGGGUAACGUGCGCACUGAUAAUGGUGAUGCUGAGAGGGAAACUGUGCGGUCGAUUUAAAAACGACGGUGUUGCCAACACGGGGUCAACGACUAAAGCGAAGAGACAUCCCUUGCCCGUGAUGGUCCUUUACGCGACAGACAGCUUCGAGCACCUGGCGAGGGUGUCCUCUCUCAUGCAGGAGCUGAGUCAGUUGGACUGCCAGAUCCUCGACCUGCACGACGACCGGAACGCCCACCUCCUAGCCGAUCCUGCUGGUUACAUCCUCGAGGCGACGUCCUCCCGCUCCUUCACCAGGGUCAUCCUCGUCCUGUCCAGCGAGGUCACGAGGCUGCAGAGGUCAUUUCUGGAGAACGAGUCAGACACGGAGGCGCCGUCGAACGCCCUGAGCGCGCGUGGCGAACCCAAGGACCUCCUGCUCCUGUUGGCGCUGAAGAGGCUGCACGAACUCGAUCUCGUCUACAAUUAUUCCAGGAUCUUCGUCGUCAGCCUGGACGACACCGAAGCCCUGAGCAGCGAAAAGGACGUGGAACUGCUCGUGGACGCUCGUCGGUACCAGCUCCCCAAGCACUGGUCGGCCCUGCUCGCUGCUCUCUCGGCCACGGCGCCCUGCUGAUCGGGAAGUGGGGAACAGGGAGGGAGAGAGAGAGAGAGA